AUGCGGCCUCUCCUGCUGCUGCUGCUUCUCCUCGCCCACCUCGUCUUCCCGGCGGCGGCCAAGAACGGCGGCACGGCCUCAGUGGCGGCGCUGAACGACGACGUGCUAGGCCUAAUCGUCUUCAAGGCGGACGUGGUGGACCCGGAGGGCCGGCUCGCGACGUGGAGCGAGGACGACGAGCGGGCCUGCGCCUGGGCGGGCGUCACCUGCGACCCCCGCACCGGCCGCGUCUCCGACCUGAACCUCGCCGGCUUCGGCCUCUCCGGCAGGCUCGGCCGCGGCCUGCUCCGCCUCGAGUCGCUCCAGUCGCUCUCCCUCGCCGCCAACAACUUCUCCGGCGACGUCCCCGCCGACCUCGCGCGCCUCCCGGGCCUGCAGCAGCUCGACCUCGCCCGCAACGCCUUCUCCGGCGCCAUCCCGGAAGGGUUCUUCGCCGAGUGCCACGCCCUCCGCGACGUCUCCCUCGCCCACAACGCCUUCUCCGGGGACGUCCCGGACGUGGGCGCCUGCGGCACGCUCGCGUCCCUCAACCUCUCCUCCAACCGCCUCACCGGCGCGCUGCCCAGCGACAUCUGGUCCCUCAACGCGCUGCGGACGCUCGACCUCUCCGGCAACGCCAUCACCGGCGAGCUGCCUGUCGGCAUCAGCAAGAUGUUCAACCUGCGGGAGCUCAACCUGCACAGCAACGGCCUCACCGGCACCCUCCCGGAUGACAUCGGGGACUGCCCGCUGCUCAGGUCAGUGGACCUGGGGUCCAACUCGCUGUCCGGCGACUUGCCCGAGUCCCUUCGCAGGCUCUCCACUUGCACAAACCUUGAGCUGAGCUCAAAUCAGCUCACUGGCAAUGUUCCAACCUGGGUUGGAGAAAUGGUGAGCAUGGAGGUACUGGAUUUGUCGGGGAACAAGUUCUCCGGGGAGAUUCCGGGCUCUAUUGGUGGGCUCAUGUCGUUGAGGGAGCUGAGGCUGUCUGGAAAUGGAUUCACUGGUGGCUUGCCUGUGUCGAUUGGUGGAUGUAGAAGCCUAGUGCACGUCGACGUGAGCUGGAAUUCCCUCACAGGCAGCCUGCCUGCCUGGGUCUUCGCAUCCGGCGUGCAAUGGGUGUCGGUGUCCGACAACACAUUCAGCGGUGAGCUAGCGGUGCCUGUGAAUGCAUCUUCUGUGAUUCAAGGCGUGGACCUGUCAAGCAAUUCGUUUUCAGGACACAUCCCAUCGGAGAUCUCAAAACUGCUGAGCUUGCAGUCGUUGAACAUGUCUUGCAACUCUCUGUCUGGCAGUGUUCCAGCCAGCAUUGUGGAGAUGAAGUCACUGGAGGUGCUUGAUUUGAGUGCCAAUAAGCUCACUGGGAGUAUUCCGUCCACCAUUGGAGGGAAGUCGCUGAAAGUGCUAAGGCUUGGGAAGAACUCCCUAACUGGUGAAAUCCCAGCCCAGAUUGGAGAUUGCUCAGCCCUCGCAUCACUGGAUCUAUCACAUAACAGUCUAACAGGAGAUAUUCCAGCAACGCUAGCCAACCUCACCAACCUUCAGACUGCUGAUCUUUCUAGGAACAAACUCACUGGUGGUCUGCCAAAGCAGCUCUCCAACCUUGCCCAUCUCAUUGGCUUCAAUGUUUCACAUAACCAGCUCUCUGGGGAUCUGCCUCCUGGUAGUUUCUUUGACACUAUCUCCUUCUCAUCAGUGUCUGACAAUCCUGGCCUUUGCGGUGCAAAGCUCAACUCUUCUUGUCCUGGUGUGUUGCCAAAACCAAUUGUAUUGAAUCCAGAAUCUUCUCCCGAUGAUCCGCUGGGACAGAAAGAGCCUGUUCCUGGGGGGCUCCAUCACAAGAAAACCAUACUGAGCAUCUCAGCCCUUGUUGCAAUCGGUGCUGCUGUUCUCAUUGCUGUUGGCAUCAUAACCAUUACUGUCCUUAACCUUCAAGUUCGUGCACCGGCUUCUCAUUCUGCUGCCGAGCUAGAACUCUCAGAUGGAUAUCUUAGCCAGUCACCCACAACUGAUGUGAAAUCAGGCAAGCUUGUAAUGUUUGGAGGAGGCAAUCCAGAAUUCAGCGCAAGUACCCAUGCUCUCCUGAACAAGGACUGUGAGCUUGGCCGUGGUGGUUUUGGCACCGUCUACAAGACCACUCUCCGAGAUGGCCAGCCUGUUGCCAUCAAGAAACUGACUGUGUCAAGCUUGGUGAAAUCUCAAGAUGAAUUUGAGAGAGAAGUUAAGAUGCUGGGCAAGCUACGCCACCGUAACCUUGUUGCCCUCAAGGGCUAUUACUGGACACCAUCUCUUCAGCUUCUUAUCUAUGAGUUUGUCUCUGGUGGUAACUUGCAUAAGCAACUGCAUGAGCCGUCUUCUGUAAACUACCUCUCAUGGAAGGAAAGAUUUGAUAUCGUUCUUGGUAUAGCAAGAAGCCUGGCUCACCUCCACCGUCAUGACGUUAUCCACUACAAUCUGAAGUCAAGCAACAUUAUGAUCGAUGGAUCAGGCGAGGCCAAGGUUGGGGACUACGGAUUGGCAAAGCUACUGCCUAUGUUAGAUCGGUAUGUUCUGAGCAGCAAGGUACAGAGUGCACUUGGUUACAUGGCACCAGAGUUCACAUGCAGAACUGUGAAGAUAACUGAUAAAUGUGAUGUGUAUGGAUUUGGGGUUCUUGUCCUCGAGGUCAUGUCAGGCAGGCCACCAGUGGAGUACAUGGAAGAUGAUGUUAUUGUGCUGUGUGAUGUGGUGAGGGCUGCUUUGGAUGAAGGCAAGGUGGAAGAGUGUGUCGAUGAGAGGCUCUGUGGAAAAUUCCCUCUGGAGGAGGCUGUUCCUAUCAUGAAGCUUGGCUUGGUCUGUACUUCCCAGGUUCCUUCCAAUAGGCCAGACAUGAGUGAGGUGGUGAACAUAUUGGAGUUGAUCAGAUGCCCUCAGGACAGCCCAGAAGAAGAAUUAGGUUAAGCUCUAUGUGCUCUCGUCCCCCUUUUGUCGGUUGUUGUUCCAUUUUGGAAUCCUUCUUUGCUUGACAACGUUUAAAUGAUGAAAGAAGAGGAAAUUCUAUCUAGUGUGCUUUAGGUAGUAGGAGCAUAGUGCAAGGUGCCAUCCUAGUCUUUUGAUAGUCAAGGAAUUAUGUAAUAUGCAUGCAGUGGCUUCAUGGCCUAUGGCUGUUGAUGUGUUUGACUCUGAUCCUCAUCAGUGUGAUGUCUGUUGUGGAUCCUCUCACAUC